UUUUUCUUGCAAUGGCACCACGUUGCGUAUACCGUCAAAACAAUAGGCGCGAAAAUUCGAGCUACAUAUUUGCGGCGAUAAUCCCUGACAUUCGCGUUUUAAAAGUAUAAAAAUUACUAGCUGAUAUACUAUUGUUGCUAAUUUUCUUACACAUAUUAUCGCCUUUGAAUAUUAUAUCGACGAUGACGACGAUCGACGACACGAGCGAUCAAAGAGUGGGACAACGAAUGCAAUCUCAUACGCACCCGAAAUUCCGCUUUCGUAACUCCGACGAUAAUAUAGCCUGGUGCAGUGCAAAUCAGUGAGCGCCCUGGCGUUGCUGCGUGGAGUUGACGCUAGAAAGCGAGUAAACAGCAACUGCGCGUUGAAAUACAUACGUGGAUUAUUGGUCGUUUCACCGAGCAACCUCCUCUCAAUCUCUCAACAGUAGUCUCAACUCGGCUUCUCUAUUUCUCUGCUGAAGAGGAGAGAGGACUGAAAGACGAGACGCCCUGCAGACGCUCUUCAAGAUCGUUCCAAUCCAAGCAGUUCCGAGCAUUCCGAUCGCGGCGGCGAGCGCGCACGUGCACUCGUGCAUACGUCAGCACACCACAGCACACGUGCUCCGCGGUUCUUCUUUCUCGAGAGAGAAACUUUCUCUCGUUUCUUCGACCGAUUGACGACGCAUUGACGUGACUGAAAAUCGAAAAGUGAGGACGGUAGAUUGUGUGGCCGCGAUAUUUCAGAUCGACGAGAGUCUACGAGAGCGCGCGACGGGAAAUUAUGGCAGAUUACGUGUUGGGCGAUAUUAAGCCAGCGGAUGUGCCACUGCCGGACGAUGGAUUGUCGGCCGCGCAGCUAUUUGCCGCAGGUGACGGCCUUACUUACAACGAUUUUAUCAUAUUUCCGGGCUACAUCGACUUUACCGCGGACGAAGUCGAUCUGCUCUCACCGUUAACCAGAAAAAUCAUGCUAAAGGCACCCCUCGUGUCCUCGCCCAUGGACACCGUUACCGAGUCUGACAUGGCUAUAGCUAUGGCCCUGUCUGGCGGGAUCGGCAUCAUACAUCACAACUGUACCGUUGAAUAUCAAGCUAACGAAGUGCACAAGGUGAAAAAGUACAAGCAUGGUUUCAUUAGGGAUCCAGUUGUGUUGGCGCCGCAUCAUACCGUCAACGACGUUUUAAGUGUCAAGGCUGAGCAUGGUUUUAGCGGAGUACCUGUCACUGACACGGGUAAAGUUGGCGGUAAACUGCUAGGCAUUGUCACCUCUAGGGACAUCGACUUCCUCGAACGUUUGCCCAAUUAUAAACGCAAAUCGCUUAGCUCCAUAAUGACGACUUUGGAGGAUCUAAUUACCGCGCCAGCUGGUGUAACGUUGCAAGAGGCAAAUGUUAUUUUAGAAAAGUCGAAGAAGGGGAAGCUUCCCAUUGUGAACGAACGAGGCGAGCUCGUGUCGCUGAUGGCGAGGACUGACUUGAAGAAGAACCGCAGCUAUCCGAACGCCAGCAAGGACGAGAAUAAACAGCUGCUGGUAGGAGCCGCGAUAGGAACGCGAGAGACGGACAAACACCGACUGGAAUUGCUCGUGGCGGCUGGCGUGGACGUAGUGGUAUUGGAUUCAUCGCAGGGCAAUUCGAUGUAUCAGAUCGACAUGAUCAAGUAUAUCAAGUCGCAGCAUCCGAAUUUGCAAGUGAUUGCCGGCAAUGUCGUGACCACGAUGCAAGCCAAGAAUCUUAUAGAGGCGGGAGCUGAUGCGUUACGCGUUGGAAUGGGCUCUGGAUCUAUUUGCAUAACGCAAGAGGUAAUGGCUGUAGGGCGACCGCAAGCGACAGCCGUCUACAAGGUGUCCGAGUACGCCAGAAAAUUUGGAAUACCCGUCAUAGCGGACGGUGGGAUCCAGUCUAUCGGCCAUAUUAUCAAAGGUCUCAGUUUAGGCGCUAGUACAGUUAUGAUGGGUUCUCUCUUGGCUGGAACAUCUGAAGCCCCAGGCGAGUAUUUCUUCAGCGACGGAGUUCGUCUUAAAAAGUACCGAGGGAUGGGCUCGUUGGAAGCCAUGGACAGAAAGGACGCCAAAGGUUCGGCGAUGGAUAGAUAUUUUCAUAACGAAAUGGACAAACUAAAAGUAGCGCAGGGUGUCAGUGGCUCUAUAGUGGAUAAAGGUUCGGUGCUUAAAUUUCUACCCUAUUUGACUUGCGGUAUUAAGCACGGUUGUCAAGAUAUCGGAGCAAGGUCACUUACCAUCUUACGAUCUAUGAUGUAUAGCGGGGAAUUGAAAUUUGAAAGAAGAACGCAUUCGGCUCAGCAGGAGGGCAAUGUACAUAGCUUAUUCUCCUAUGAGAAAAGGCUCUAUUAAUUGUGAAAAAUAAUAACUCGUAAAGCACGCGUAAUGCGGAAAAGUACCUGCAUUUUAUCGAAUAGCAGUUAUUUUACAAAAUUAGUUAGAUCUGCGAGAAAUCGUAAAUCUCUCUUUUAUUUGUUGCAAAUGUGCAAAGUAUACCAUUAAUCGGAUUAAUUCGAGAAUACCUCAGGCUCGUUUACCUCAGAACUGCUCUUCAGACGAAUAGGAAAACAACAUCAAGUCAUUUAUUAUACCAUACUUAUGUCUCACAAACUUGUUAAUAAAUAUGUAAUGUGCCAUAUCUUUAAAGCGGCACUUUUAUAAAUUUAACAUACAUUUUAUACUCCCACAACGAGCGAUAUAUUAAAAUCAAAUAGAUGAAA